AUGAAUAAAUUUAUUAAUUUUGAAGAAAACUUAUCUGAAGAACUUCUUGAUGAAAAUGCUUCUGCUGCAAUUCCUAAUUCCUCCCCCAGCAUUGACAAAAACAUGACUGGGUCUCAACUCCGAUUCAGUUAUACCCCUAAAGAAUGAGGAAACAAGGGAUCAUACAGUGAGAUAAGUCCUUUUGGCAAAUAUGUACCAUUUGAAGACAGCAGUCUUGAAGUCUCUGCUAAAGCUCCUUCUUUAGCAAAAACUGUAAACAAGAGUUUAUUACAAAGAAAAAGCUUGAAAGAAGACAUUAAAGAUCUUUUGCAUCAAGCCAUCAGAUUAAGAAGCGUCUCCUACUAUAAAAAAGAAGGUAACUUUGAAGAAGAGCCCCCUAUCCACAGAUCUGAAAAAGAAAUCACCAUGAGGGACAUACAUGUAAACCCAAACUAUUACGGCCUUAACUAAUUCUGAAUUUUUUCUAAUAAUUUCU